AUGACUGACGUGUCAGAAAAUGCUCAAAUCUCUAAUGAUGUUGAAAAUUUGCAAGAAAACGAAGGAGCCUCUGGAAAUUUGAAAAAACGGCUACAUGAUGAAGACAAUAGUGAUAUGCCUAAAUCAAAAAAAUCUCAUGCAGAUGUAGUAGCUGCUCAUUAUAAUCACUUAGAAGAAAAAGGGUUAAACGAAAGAUUUAAUUCGCCAAUUUUUUAUCUAAGAAAUUUUAAUAAUUGGGUCAAAAGCGUGCUCAUUCAAGAAUAUACGGACAAAAUACGUGAGAAAGAUUACGGUAGACCGUUGAAAAUAUUAGAUAUAUGUUGUGGCAAAGGAGGUGAUUUAAGCAAAUGGCAGAAAGCUCGUGUAGAUCAUGUUAUUUUUGCUGAUAUUGCUGAAGUAUCAAUAGAACAGUGCAAAAAUCGUUACGAUGAUUUGCGACGCCGUUCUGGUCGGUUAUAUACAGCAGAAUUUAUUGCUACUGAUUGUUCCAGAGAUACCUUACGGGACAAGUAUAAGGACCCUUCUAUAAAGUUUGACAUUGCAAGUUGCCAAUUUGGUUUACAUUACAGUUUCGAAAGCUUAGGUCAAGCACGUCGUAUGUUAUCAAAUAUAUCAGAAUGCUUAAAACCAGAUGGAUAUUUUUUUGGAACAAUACCAGAUGCAUAUGAAAUUAUAACCCGUUCCAAAAAGUCACAGGAUGGGACAUUUGGAAAUAGAAUCUUCAAUAUAAAGUUACUAUUCGAUACUGAAAAAGGUUGCCCUUUAUUUGGAGGAAAAUAUGACUUUCAUUUGGAGGGUGUUGUAGAUUGUCCUGAAUUUUUAGUUAAUUUUGAGUUGUUUGAAAUAUUGGCUAAAGAAUAUGGCUUAGAAUGUGUUUAUAAAGCAGGAUUUGCAGAGUUCUUCAAAAAAUUUUCAGAAAAAUACAGAGAUUUGUUACAUAGAAUUAAAUGUUUUGAGAGCUAUCCUGCAACUUCAGGUAAAGAACUAAUUGGGGAAGAACAAGAUUAUGAACAUGCAAAAAAAUAUUAUGAAAAUAUGGACAGUAAAAGUAUACAUCUUAGUACAAUGAGUCAAUGCGAAUGGGAUGUAGCAACAAUUUAUUUAGCAUUUGCUUUUAAGAAAUGCAAAUCGACAUGGGAUGCAAAUGGCAAGCCUUGUUUUAUAACUUCAAAUAAAGAAUCUUCACCUAUAGUACAAAAA